AUUUGCUGGGAGAGUCAACUCCCGGGCCAGCCCGGUCGCUGCCGGGUGCGGCGGGGAGGGAGGGCGAUUGAGAAAGCCCUGUCCCCACAAGGCCGCCUUGCACCGGUCACCUCGGCCCGCGCCGCCCCCGUCCGCGGCCACCGCCGAGCGCGGGGAGCCUCCGCGGGCCCUUUAAGGGCCGAGAGGUGCGCGGUCUCUUUAAGGCAGGUCCUGGUGGUUUCUGUUUUCUGAAGGAAGUGACGGGGGGUGGGAUUGAAUGAAAAGUGCAAAACAGAGUCUCGGAGCGCCGGAGUCGGGGGCCGUGGGAGCCAAGGCACUGGGCCGGGGGGCGGACGGGCCCUGGGAGCGCGGUGUCCGCCUCGGAGCCGCCGGGGGACGCGCGACGGAGCGCAGCCCACGUGCGUCGGCGCCGCGUCGCGGGCGCCCCGCGGCUGAGCCCCCCGGGAAGCCGCGCCCCGGCGCCGCGAACUAGCCUCCAAGUUAGGGCGAAGUUUGGCCGAGCCGCUCCCCGUCCGCCCGCGGCGCGCCGGGACCGCGAGGGCGGAGGCGGUCCCCGGGGAUGCGCCCACCCGGCCGCGGCGGGGUGCCCCCGGCGUCCCCUGCGCUGCUGCUGCUGCUGCUGCUGCUGCUGCUGCCGGGGCUUAUGCAGCUGCUGGGGGCGCCGCGCGGCGUGGGCGCGGGGACCGGGGCUGGCGCGCCGUCUGAGCUGCGGGUCCGCGUGCGGCUGCCCGACGGCCAGGUGACCGAGGAGAGCCUGCAGGCGGACAGCGACGCCGACAGCAUCAGCCUGGAGCUGCGCAAGCCCGACGGCACCCUCAUCUCCUUCACCGCCGACUUCAAGAAGGAUGUGAAGAUCUUCCGGGCCCUGAUCCUAGGGGAGCUGGAGAAGGGGCAGAGUCAGUUCCAGGCCCUCUGCUUUGUCACCCGGCUGCACCACAAUGAGAUCAUUCCCAGCGAGGCCAUGGCCAAGCUCCGACAGAAAAAUCCACAGGCAGUGCGGCAGGCUGAGGAGGUGCGGGGCCUGGAGCAGAUGCACAUGGACAUCACCGUGAACUUCAGCCAGGGGGGCCUGCUGAGCCCCCAUCUCCGCAACGUGUGUGCCGAGGCCGCGGAUGCCAUCUACACCCGCCAGGAGGACGUCCGGUUCUGGCUGGAGCAAGGUGUGGACAGCUUCGUGUUCGAGGCCCUGCCCAAGGCCUCAGAGCAGAUGUUGCUGCCUCGCUGUGGGCAGGUGGGGGACCGCGGGAAGCCCUGCGUCUGCCGCUACGGCCUGAGCCUGGCCUGGUACCCCUGCAUGCUCAAGUACUGCCACGGCCGUGACCGCCCAACACCCUACAAAUGUGGCAUCCGCAGCUGCCAGAAGAGCUACAGCUUCGACUUCUACGUGCCUCAGAGGCAGCUGUGCCUCUGGGAUGAGGACCCCUAGCCAGCUUGGGAUGAGGGGUGGUGCCUGAGGCAGCUGCUUGGGGCUCACUGCUCCUCCCCCAGCCGCCAGAGGGGGUGGCCACCCCCAACCGAGGCCUUAUUGCUCUUCCUUCCCUCGUCCUAAUCCUGAAGCCUCUGCCCCCCGACUUGUCACUGUGAAAGGGGGUGUGGCAUGGCAGGGGUUAACUCAUGAAGGCAGCCCCCCACUCUCAGCCUGUGCCUUCCUUGGGGACGGAGGGAGAAGGGGGUUCUCCAAGCUUGCCCCCCCCAUCUCCCCUGAAAUGUUCGCUUUCAAGCAACCAAAAUACGACAGCGUGACUCUCCUAUUUAACUCUUUGCAGGUUUAGACCCUGGAAGGUGUCGAUGCCUGUGACACCCACCUCCCCACGCCCAGCCCCCUGCCCCACCCUCCAGAAGGAGCUGGCCCCUGUGCACCUUCCCACUGCCCAACAGGGAGGGGAUCCUUGCCCCAGAGAGGGGGCAGCGCCGACAGCGGAUCUCAACACGUUCCUCUCACUACUGGCCUCUGAGGCUGCCCGGGGGCCAGCUGGGGGCCCCCCACCCUGAGACAGACCACAAGUGCCUUUCCGCAGACCUGGACUUUGCCAAGGGAGCAGGAGCUGGCUUGCACCCUCUAAGCAGAAAUAUUUUUGUAAGGUUUUGGGGCAGGGAGGGAGCAUGAAGUAUGAGGAAAACUUGAAUCCCAGAUUUUUAAUGCAAAGUAUUUAUCAUUUGUACCAGAAAUAAAAGUUUAAAUUUUUA